GUAACUGGGAUCGUAGGACGAGCAGACGUACUCGCGUGCAUCUUCUUCUUGUUGUCCUUUCUAGCUUAUCAUGGGCAGCCGACGGCUUAUGUAUGGAGCAGCGUGUGCCUAGGAGCGCUGUCAAUGCUUGCCAAGGAAACAGGCAUUACUGUUUUGCUUCUAAACCUUCUUUACGACCUCUGUCGCUCCUGGCAUUCAAUCAAGAGAUCUAUUUUCGAGGCAAGAUGGAACGACGACUCGAGACACUUUUCUCGUCGGGCUGCCGCCCUACUUUUUUCGUUUGGUGUGUUGUUGGUGGUACGUCUUGCCCUCCUUCACGGCACUCUACCAAAGUUCUCGCCGCAGGAUAAUCCGGCAGCUUUUCAUCCCUGUUUCCACGUCAGAUUCUUGACGUUUUGCUAUCUGGCAGCCCUGCACUGUUGGUUAUUACUUUGUCCAGCGACGCUGUCUCAUGAUUGGCAGAUGGGAUCCGUUCCUUUGGUUGCCUCGUUGGCCGACACCAGAAAUCUGGCCACCUGCCUGUUCUUCGGCGGUUGCCUGAUCCUAACCUACAAAGCCUUCACGGACUUCGAGCAACAGAGGCAUCCGCCUCUUCUUCUUGGUUGGAUGUUCCUGGUACUACCGUUCCUGCCCGCAUCCAAUCUUUUUAUUACCGUUGGAUUCGUCGUCGCGGAACGUGUACUCUACAUGCCCAGCGUUGGAUGGAUCCUUCUGGUCGUGUAUGGGAUGCAAAUCAGCUGGACGGCUAUUCCACGAAGAAGAAGUCUGAUCACAAUGGGAAUCGUUCUUCUUCUACUCCUAGGAUGCUAUAAAACGGUGUUGAGAAACAGAGAUUGGAUGUCUAGAGAGAGUCUGAUCAGAGCGGGUCUGCGAUCUCUCCCCCACAACGCUAAGAUGCAUUACAACUUUGCCAACUUCCUGCGAGACACAUCGCAACCGAACCGUGCGAUUCUACAUUACCAGUUGGCCCUUUGGCUGUGGCCGACGUACGCCAGUGCGCAUAACAACCUCGGAACACUCACGGUGGGCGAUCAAGCGGAGCAACACUUUUUGGCAGCAAUACACGCUCAACCGGGCCACGUGAACGCUCAUUACAAUCUUGGCCAGCUUUACAGGAAAACGAACAGGACAGAGGAGUGUAUACGGAUGCUGCAAAAAUGCGUAUCUUUGGAUCCAGCGUACACACCAGCCUAUCUGGUCCUGGCGAGGUUGGCAACCGGUCCAACAGCGGGCGCACUUUUGCGACACGUUGUUCGACUACAACCACGAAGCCCCGACCAUCUCACGGAAUAUGCUUCGUGGCUGUACCAGAAUGGCAAAUGGCUGCCCUCCCUCAAGUACUAUCUCAAAGCCAUGGAGAUCUCGCCCUCGCACAGAUCGUCGCUUCUGGGAACGGUCAGGAUACUGAGGUCGCGGGGUCAGUGGCCAAGGGUGCAUCAACUCAUCACCAGAUGGCACCUGAUGUUACGAGCGAAAAGAGGCGGCUUGGUAUAUCGCGGUGAUCUUUACAUACGCGCGUGGCAGUUGCAAAGUGAAUCUCGUCGUCGUGCGCAUCAGCAUCAAGGAAAUAUCUGCUUGUCGGAGGGCGGCUGUUCGACACCGCGUGUCGCCAGUGUGUCAGUGCAGCUCGAGCAGGACAGCAACAAGUCGGAGCAGCUUGAGCGGGCGCCACGUUGCAACGUACGUACCUGUAGACAGUCGAGAAAGGGGAAGGCACGUGUGACCGCCCCCGCCCUCCUCGUCCAGAACCUCCUGGAGACCCUCUAGCUCUAGCGAGACUCUU